ACAGCAGCGAGCGCAGUUUCAGAAGUCCGGUAGGUGGCAGUGAGUGUUCUCAGGUACAGAGGACGACAGGUUGUAGGAGGCAGGGGAGACGUGCGUUCCUCUUGCACAAGAGAGCUGUUGUGUUGCGUAGUCUGGGAAAACUGACGUGGGUCGGAACCGAGCGGUCAGGGCGAACAGCUGCGUGUAUGUCUGCGCGCGAGUGUGACUGGGACAGAGUUGCGCCGGGGCAGAUCAGAAAAGUCCCCGCGGCUGCUCUCCGCACGCACGGCGCUCGCGCACUCUUUCCUCGCUCCGCCACGAGACCGGCGACACGCUCUGAACCCGGUCGGCUGGCCGCGCGUGACCCGAGGACCCCUCUACUUUAUCCGGGCUGCGCUCGCGGCGACGUUGGAGCUGAAACUGCAUUCAUGACUUCAGAGCGAUGAACUGGCAGCAUGGCCAAGUGGUUCAAGGAGCACCUAGGAUUCAAAACUGCCAAAGCACCCCCUCCGGCUCCACCAAAACCGGACUACAGACACUGUCACACCGGUGUGCCCGGAGCGCCUGGUUUCCAGCAAACGGGCACCGGGGCCACUUUCCCCAGUCCCGCACAGCCGGACAUCCUCGCUGCUUACAAACUACAGAAGGAGUUGGACUUCGAAGACCCGUACACUACGGGUGGAAAUAUUUCUUUCGGUUCGAGCUUGAACGCCGUGGUGCCGUCGGAUAACAAAUAUGUGUCGCCGAAGCACCGACUUAUCAAGGUGGAAACUAUCGAAAAGAGCAGCCCGGCUCCGGGUGGGGGUGUCACCGUCACCCAGGCGGUAGCUGUGGGGAACGUGAAGUCUCCUACUUCUUCAUCUCCCUUGGAACAAGACAAGGAAAAGCUGAUUAUCCUUGAAGACUACGCCGACCCUUUCGAUGCAGAGCAGGCUGGUGGAGCACAGACCACAACUGAAAAAGUCACUACCGAAAACGAUGGUUACAUGGAGCCAUACGAGGCUCAGAAGAUGAUGGCAGAGAUCAGGUCUGGUAGUCGAGGGCCUAAGGAUGGACCUGGCAGGCAGCUACCCCUGUACGACACGCCGUACGAGCCAACAGAAAACGGCGGGGACGCCGACCCCGAGCGGUUGCGCUGCCCCAGAGAGAGCCGGCUCCCCCAGGAUGAUGAGCGGCCCCCGGAGGAGUACGACCAGCCGUGGGAGUGGAAGAAGGAGAGGAUUUCCAAAGCCUUUGCAGUAGAGAUUAAAGUGAUCAAGGACCUACCAUGGCCCCCUCCUGUUGGCCAACUCAACACCAGCCCUCCACCGGCGGAGGAGCUCGAGUCUCCUUCCCAGACAGCUCAGCCGUCACCCGGACCGACGAGCUGUGACCAGCACCACCAUGUUCAGUUUGAUGGGGUGGACAAGUCCCGAAUGUCACCCACCAAGGAUGGGAAAACUCGGCCGCUGCAGCGACAUUCCAGUGGCUGCUUGGUCAACACCAAAAUGACUUCCCUGGACCACAGCAGCUCUUCUCUCGGGGAGCGUAUUGACCCCACAAUGCCUCUGGAAAGCCAGUUCUGGUACCACGGAGCCAUCAGCCGAACAGAUGCAGAAUCUCUGCUCAGGAUGUGCAAGGAGGCCAGCUACCUGGUGAGAAACAGCGAGACCAGCAAGAACGACUACUCCCUCUCCCUUAAGAGCAGCCAGGGCUUCAUGCACAUGAAGCUGUCACGGACCAAGGAGAACAAGUACAUCCUGGGCCAGAACAGCAGCCCCUUCGACAGCGUGCCCGAGAUCAUACACUUCUACUCAAGCCGCAAGCUGCCCAUCAAGGGCGCCGAACACAUGUCCCUGCUCUACCCCGUGGGCAUCAGGAUACUAUAGUGCUGUGGGGAUGGUGGCAGGCAUCACUGGACUCACCAGGCCCAUCCUCAUGGCUCUACGCUUCCCUUCCUUCCGGGCUGAAAUCACGGGAAGAUGAACAGUGGGCAUUCAAAACUGCUGAUACUGACUCACCUCGCUGGCUGGUAGAUUCCACCCCGGUUUCGAAGGCCACCUUCACGCUAUCUCGUACCAACGGACUCAAUAUUCCUGGUGGUUAUUUUUACUUUGACGUGUUUUAUUUAUGCGGACGGCCACUUAUCACAUUGGAGACUGAUCAUCUGAUGAGCAUCAUUUCAGUAACUGUCGAGCUGAGAGCUCAUAGCACUUAACACUCAAAGAAAAAAGAGAGGUACAACAUAUCAUUGGUCACGGGUCAGUCUUUAAUCCUAAACUAUUAUACUUGUUUCAGCUGUCCGAGCAUCUCUUUUGGAAUAGGCACUGUUGUGGCUUUAGUUGUGUUUCUCAAAGGGGACCUGAAGAUAAAACACGGGAAGACUGCGUGAAGCAUGUUGCGCGAUAUUGUCCAGGUGGGCCUUGUUCGGCAGCCGAGAUAUGGAGGAAAGUGACCGGGUAUGAAUCCCCUGCUGCGGGUAAACAACGGGCCUGUGAGCUGAGCACACUGAUCUCUCUAUGUUGUCAUAAUGCAUGUUGUCUGCUAUCCAUCACUGAGUGGGUGUAUCACGCCAGUGACAGUGUAAGUACCGCAGUGGUGUGACAGGCAGGAAAAGCAUGAUGGAUGGGUCAACCAAUCUGACACAGUAAAAUUGGCCGAGGCUGGAGACCAGAGCCUGUCCAAAUGGACCAAAUUACCCCCACUGCCCCUGUGUGGAAUGGCUUUGCAUGGGGAGAAUGAAAUAUGCCUGCAUUGUCUACCUCAGAAAAUCAAUUUCAUUCCCCCAUCUGCAGAUCAAUAGGUACAAUGGGAUUGUAGACAUCGAUCUGCUCUCCCUGUGACAUUCCCAAUCACCUUAAAACUGUGUCAUUGAGUUUAGGAAUAUAGUUUUUCUUCCUUUACAACUGAUCAGAAUUAUGAAAACAAGCCUUCUUGUUUCAGAUCAGGAGCUGUAUGUAUAGCCACUGUUAUUACUACUUUGUGAUGUCAGCUACUAAUGUUUGCUUAUUGCCUUAUAAUGCAUGGGGUCGAAUCAGUCCGCUUAGCUCAGCUAAUUUCCCAAUUCUGCUUUCAGCGUUUGUGCUGCGACUGUUAUUUAUUCUGGGUAAUUAUUACCGACGUUUUUCCCGCCUCGGCUUCAUCGCCCUCCCUGUUCUGAUGGGAUCUUGGGAUUUUUUAGGGACUUCAUUUUGUUGCCUCCCGCUUUGCUAAGUUGCACGCUUGCUUCUGACACACAAGUCCGACGAGGUUGUCCAGCACCCAUCCAUCCAACCUUGCAUCCUCCCGCCCACCCGGCCGACACAUGAAUUGCAGCGCUGCCUGUUCAAACCACAUAAACGCCCACCUUCAACCUGUCAUGCUUUCACUUUGCAUCAGAACCUCCAGAUGUCCAGCACUAUGUACGCCGUUUGAAUGCAUAAGAGAAUGUGUGCGCAAAGAGCUUAACCCUGCUGGUACCUGCUUACCGCUUGUGCUCGGACGUCUUUGGAUACUAGCUCUUUGUUUCACCUCUAAACUCAAGAAGAAAGAACUUGAAGGUGUUUUUUUUUUUUUUUACUUUCUUUCCGUACCUUUUUAGCACCUCAAAGCAGCACUGUUUGAUUCUUGGUCCCGUCCUGCUACUGUCUCCCGAAGACGAUAAACUUUCUUAACGACAAAACAAGCGGAUUUGCAACCGAGCGUAGCAUAAUAAAUGCAGUCUAAUGCGGCUGCCUAACGCAUGUCUCAUAACUUACAAGAUACGGUGCUUUAAUGAGCAAAACGUUUUAGGCUGGAAAUGACCCGAGAGAUCCAAAUCAAACAAUUUUUUUUUUUUUUAAAGUGGAACCCAUGUUUGGCUUUCACUAUAACUCCCGCCGCGUGCUAUGCAACUGUAAACUGCAGUCAUUAAAAGGGGGAACUGGGUGGAGUUUGUGCCUCAGCGAAAAGCUUAUGAUGGUACAAUAGGUCCGACUGGAGAAAGGAGGAGACGUAAUCAGGAGAGUGACCUGGUUAGAGGCGCAGGAAGUGAGCAGACAGACGGUGCUGUCAGCAGAACAGUGCAUUCUGAGGGGGUCUCUUUGUGCUUUAAUGAGGAAUAGUAUGUCGUCAUUGUGGACCUGUGUUUUCUUGAAAGGAUAUACCUGAAGAUAGAAUGCAAAUUUUAAAAAAUAAACUAUGUAUCACGUGUCCUUUUUUUUUUUGUUUGUUUGUUUGUCACGAAUGUUAAGGGUUUGGUAGAUCUGCUAAUGUCAGGAGUGGCUCUUUAUUUAGUUGCUGCUGCUGAUGAGUACUACUCUACUAAAGGAAAGAGCCCGUGUAUGAUGGCAGCACUGCCUGCUGAGAGGCCUUAGCUUUGGGGGGAAAGGAAAUUGGAGACAUAUAGGGCAUGAAUACAAGGGAGUCAGAUAAGGCUGUUGUGACCAAGGGGAGGAAUUUUCUGCAGUCAGCAGAGACAUUCUUGAAAUCCUUGUAUUUCUAUUAUGGGAACCUGAAAGAGCUCCUCUCUCCAUCAGAAGUGUCUUAAAGGUUGUGUGUGCGUGUGUGUGUGUUUAAAAGCUGUUGUGCAUGCAUAAAGCUGUUAACUGGGUGUGUGAAUGCGUGUGUGUGUGUGUGUGUGUACAUCAGCCAUUAACUUGCCCCGGGUCUUCUCUAGUGUUAUUGCUUUAUUGUGGUAACGUGGCAUGUCUGAGUAUUCCUUGUGUACAUUUUCGUGCCACGUGUGUAUGCACUAGUGUAACGCAUCUCUGUAAGGUCCCCCAUGGCCAAAUGUAUAUACUGAAUGUAUUAAAUGGGGACGUAGAGGCAUCAUGGUGCAAAAUAAAUAAAGUCGGGUUUAUGAGUUUAA